UCUGGUGUCUCCUAGCAACCGGAUAGGCAGCGCAAGUGGGGCAGAGGAGGAGCGGCUCCGAGAUCUGUGCGAUCCCGUAGGGAUUGAAGGCCCGGCUAGACAAAGGCAAGACGCCAGAAGGAUCAGAAAAAGCCCCGUGUGUCUUUCGUAGUUACAUUUACCUCCAUUGAAGCCUCUCCAAAACUGUCACCGGUCACUGUCACCCACCUCUCUGGGCUUCUGUGACCUCAUCUGCAAAAAGUCAGGCAACCCGCCCCACCCCCUGGGGAGAUAGAGGGUGGACAGGAUUGUGACAGAGGUUGGGGAAGCACUGGAAAAUCGUAGAGCACCUGACGGAUUGACUGGAAGUGUUCGGAUUAGCACCCUUGGGGUGCUUUAAGUAGUUAGGAAAAUUUGCAGCAGUAGUUAAAUUUUUACCAAAUAAUUGGCUAUCUAGCUUUGAGAAAUCUCUAAUCUCAAUUGCCAUCUAGCAUUGCAUUUUGUGGGGGAAGUGAGUCAAGUCUCAUUGCAGUUAAUAUCCAUCCAUCCAUAAUAUCCCGAGAAAUUUAAGAAACUAAAAAGCCUAGAUGGAGGUAUUAAUGCCCCCUCCUCAGAUUUAUGUAGAAAGAACACUGGCUCUUAUAAAACCAGAUAUCGUGGACAAAGAAGAAGAGAUAGAAGAUAUCAUCCUCAAAUCUGGAUUCACCAUUGUUCAGAGAAGAAAACUACGUUUUAGCCCUGAACAGUGUAGCAACUUUUAUGUGGAACAGUAUGGGAAAAUGUUUUUCCCCAAUCUAACAGCAUAUAUGAGUUCAGGUCCACUUGUUGCCAUGAUAUUAGCAAGACAUAAUGCAAUUUCUUACUGGCUGGAUCUUAUGGGACCAUUCAAUAGCUUCAAAGCUAAGGAGACACACCCAGACAGUCUAAGGGCAAUCUAUGGAACAGAUGACCUAAGAAAUGCACUUCAUGGAAGUAAAAAUUUUGCUGCAGCAGAGAGAGAAAUUCGAUUCAUGUUUCCUGAGGUGAUUAUUGAACCCAUCCCUAUUGGAGGAGCUGCUAAGGAUUACCUGAACAUGUAUGUAAAUCCGACUCUGUUGGCAGGACUCUCAGAGCUUUGUAAGCACAAACCAGCAGAUCCCUUUAUUUGGCUUGCUGAUUGGUUGCUUAAAAAUAAUCCCAAUAAACCUAGAUUCUGUCAUCAACAAGAUACUGUGGAAGAGUCUAAUGAAAAUAAAACACACUGAAGAAUGAAUCAAGAACUCUCCUAUCAAGAACUAUUCUAAAAGACUUUUAUUCUAGUGACUUUUUGUUAACAAGAUUCUUAAUAUGGAUGAUAAGGAACUGUGCAUGAAGUAAAUCUUAUUUUAAAAUAAUGUAUUGUAAGCAGCAGAUAACCUUUACAAAAGACUCAAAUAUAGAAUUAAUGUUUGAUUUUAACCAUUGGGAAUACUUAAUAGAAAUAUUACCUUAGUAGUUGUUUAGUGGAAAAAUGACAUGGGAAGUAAUAUCAUUUUUCCAGAUGCUUGUCCUAUGUACACAUCUCAGACAUCUCAGGUACAGGAACGAUAAUUACUGAUAUGAUUGAGUUUAAAUAACUAAGUAAGCUACAUCUAAGUUAUGGUUCUUAUCAUUUAUUUCUUAGCAUUAAGACCCAAUCUAACUCUGACUGUGAAACCCUCUAGGUUAGGGAUUCUUAAUCCAGAAUUCAUAAAAUAUUAAAAAAAAAAUUCAGGGGGUAACCAUUUCAAUGUAAUUGAUUUCAUUUUAAUUUGCAGGCUUAAAGAUUUUAAUUUGUUUUUAAGUCUUAAAAUAUGUCCUAUGUGCAGCUUUUUUUUUUUUUUUUUUUUUUUAAACAUAAUCCUUUCAUGGGCCUAGUAAGCUGUGUUUUUGGAUACAGCCCUACUAAUGAUCAAAGGUUUUAAACUAAAAGAGCUCUUAGAGGUCAUCUUGUCUAACAUCUUCAUUUACAGAUGAGGAAACCCAAUCUAAAAGUUCUCAAAUGAUCUGCCCAAGAUCACAUCUGAGAAAUCCUGCUACAUCCAGAGCUUUUCACUGCUUUCUGCUGCCUCCCUUAAACUUUUGAGUCUCAGCCAGCCAGAUUAAUGUGUGUACAUUCCUGCUCUUUGAGCAACUUCUACAAGAAAACAAGAAAGCAGAGCUUCUUGGCAGCAUCUUCUGGAGCCUUAGAAACCCAUUUGUUUCUAGGAUUUGAUGCUUCUCAUGUGGAAAAGAUUUUUUUUUUUUUGUUUAGCGGGUAGAAAAGAAUGCUAGUGGGAAUACUUAUUCCAAGGCCAAGGGGCUAAAAGAGAACAACAUUAGAGAAGCAGGAAUUGGGGAGAUAGCCUUGCAACUUAUUGGCUCUGCAGGUUAUUUACCAGGAAAAGAAAACAUCUUCUCAAUCAUAAAGUAUCAGAGGAUUUUUUUUUUUAGGCUAUAGCCUUAAGUGCCAGUAAUGGGAAUGGUAACAUCUGAAGAGACAGUCUAGGAUAUUAAUCAGGUAAGUGUUAUCUAGGCCUUUCUGAGCUCAGAAAAAAUGAAGGGAGCCAAAGAAGCAGAAAAGUAAGACUUUAGGUCUCUUGAAACUUAAAGACAAAGUCUGAAGGACCCAAGUUCAAAUCCAGCUGCAGACACUAGCUGUGUGGCCAUGUCACUUGACUCCAACUGCCUCCUCUCACCAAAAAGAAAACUAAAAAUUAUGGAUUCUUUAGUGGACCCUCAUGUUCAGUGUCCCUUAAGGAUUUGGGGAAGUGAAAGAAUAUUGACCUUUCCCUUGUCCCCAAGUAGGUUACCUUAUAAAAGCUUCUGUAGGGAAGGGCAAGUGCCUGAGAAUGUGACUCGUAUAUGUCAGAAGAUUUGUCCAACCCUUCUAGUACUUGUUUAGAAAAUACCAAAACAAAUUUGGAAACGAAGGGAGCUGGAAGGGUCUACAAAGUAUGGAAACCCUGAGCAAAUACCUUGCCACUCAAAUAUAUUUUGAGUUGUUAAUGCUAGCUAAUGCCUUAACUACAUCUAGAUAUUGUGCUAAGCCCUUUAUAAUUUCAUUUGAUCUCAUUAGAAACCUGCAAAACAUGUAGAGCACCUUGGACAGAAGCAUGUUCCAACUCAAGAAAUGUUGUCAAUUUAGCUUGAUAUUGAUGUAGUGUCAGAACAGAAUAUUUAGGUUUUCAUUUUUGCACAUUACAACCUGUUUUUGAAGUCUGAGAUUCUGGGUUCAAAUCCUGAGCUUGCUACUUAAUCUGUACAAUCCAAUGGAAUUAUUUAAUCUUUUUCAGCCCUGAUGUUCCCAUCUGUAAAAGGAGGAUGUUGGACAGGGUAAUCUCUUAAAUUCUAAUUUCUCUGAUUUGCCCUUUUAAAUGCUGAUGGUUCAGUAAAAUGACUGCUUUUUUAGUACCUUAUUUUUUAAUUCCCCUAACUACAAAACUUCCCAUCUUAUUUUUCAUCUUAGAUCUGUAACUACCUUCCAGAUUUAAUAGAGCCUCAAUGACUUAAGCAUCAAUGAAGUCUUUUACAAAGAUACAAACAGUAAAAUCCAGAGGGUUUGAAUGAUUUGCCUUUAACCAUAUAGCUUCCAGAGGAGAUUAUUUCUUGUCAGAGUUUAUUCCACUAAAUAUUGAGAUCCUGAUACCAAGACCCUUUGGUGGUUCACUGUAGAAAGGUUUUUUGUUUUGUUUUGUUUUAAGAACAUCUUUGUCUUUAGUUUCACUCUUACCCUGACUUGAGUUCUCCAUUUCAGGUCUGUUUCAGUCCCGAUCAAAUGUUGAUGACACUGUUGUGAUGGAUUCCUUUUGUUCCCUAACCAAAUUGGUUUUUUACAGCCUACUCCUCCUAGCCCCCUGCUAGCAUUUGGGAAAGUGCCACUGACAUCUGCCCAGGAGGGAGUCCCUUCUUGGCUGGGAGAGGCAUUGUGAUGACUAAGAGCAAGAAAUAAGGGAAAGCAACUUGCAGACAAAUGGGCAGAUAAUACCAACACCCUCAAACACUAGACCAUAAACAAAAUUCCUAUUUUUUUUCCAUUUAUGAUCCAUUUCUUGACAGGAAGAAGGGAAGUGAAGACUUUCCUGCCUCAGAAAUUCAAAACACAGAAAUAAGUGCUCCCAAACCAAGUCAUUUUAACUCAGGUAAUUAUUCUAGGGUUGUAUCAUAGAUUGGUCCCCAUUUUCAAUGCAAAGUCAUUUGUCUUAAAGCCUAGGGUCCCUUAAAAUGUGGAUUUUCAUUUACCACAUCAAAUCCCACUUAUUUGGGGUUGGGGAAGUGGGGCCAUUCUGUCUAUAGAAGCUGCCUAUUUGGUGAAGAUGAUAAUUAGGGAGCCUAUAUCUAUGAGAUUAUCAUGCUUUAUCUCACUUGUGGUUGUAAAACCUUUCUACUGGGUGGCAUUUGUCCUGGGGCCUGAAUGACAGUUCUAAUGACUUUAUCUUGUGUUUCUGGUUCUUGGCAAUGUGUGAACAUUUCAAGGAGCCUUUAGCAUAUACAUGUGGCUACAUCCCCAUGCCGCCAUAAAAUGGUUAGCCAAAGACCAAUAUAGUCUGCCUACAAUAAAGUCAAAGCUAUUGAAAUGAACACUUUGUUUUUAGUGGUGCUUUGUUUUAGUAUAUAGUGUUUAGAAAAAAAUGAAUUGUGAAAAAUCACCCCUGACAGGCUCCUACAAUUACCAUGGGAACACACAAACUAAAUGCCACAGAUAACUUUUUUUUUUAAAAGGCCCUCAAUUCUUUUCCUCUAAGAGGAGAUGAAGAUCCUAGUUCUGAGUUAAUCACUUAUUUGCUCUGAUCUUAGGCAAGUUAUUUAAUCACUAGUAUGUCACUGUCUGAAUAUAUAAAUGGAGGUAAUAUCUUCACUCAUCAUCCUUUAUUGGGUAGUUUGAGAGUCAGUAGCUUAAUCCCUCUAAAUACAUUAUAUUUUUGUAGAAGAUACACAAUAUAUAUGCUACACAGGAAAGAAAUUUUCAAUAGUGAUAAUUCUUUUGAUAUAAAUGGCCAUGUACCCACGCCAAUCUUUUCAACAGAACCAAAAGCAUUAUUUCCCAAAGAGUGUGAUGGGAUAUGCCUUUAUUUUCUUUCCUCAUUAUAGUUAACUCCAUUCUUUUCGAAAGUCUUCCUAUUGAAAUAUUAAUUGCUCAUGCGUAGAUAAAGCCAAUAUAAUAAAAAUGGCAAUACUUCCUAAGUUAAUUUAAGUACCAAGCCAAUCAAAGUACCAAAAGAUUUUAUGGAGCUAGAAAAAAUGAAAUUCAUCUAGAACAAAAGGUC